UAUAGUUCCAUCACUUUGGCACCGUUGUUAAGAAUCAUAGCUCACUGUUGUUGAGCUUCCUCUUCAGUUUAGCAACUUUGUGAGCAGAUUACAACUGUUUCAAGUCAAACUGCCACAGUUGCUAUACCCUCUAUAAAAUGUCAGUGUAGAUGAGUUGGUGAAAUUAUAGUUCAAAAUUGUUUUUAGUUAAAAGGAAUUUCUCUUUUAGCACAUAAACACAGUGUGGUGAGAAGUAUAAGGACGUUGAAAAGAUGGUUCAGAAAGCUGCAUUUGGUCAGAUAGACAACAAACUCAAAAAAGUUAGCUUGAUUUGUACAAAAUGAAAUUGCUUAGUGUUAACUUUUGUGUUGGACGCUGUUAGUUUGUUAGGUGUGGAGAUGAUGUAGAGGUUCACCUGUAUGUUUAUACUCUAUCUAUCUAUACCACCUGGGAACUAGCUUUGGAAACCCAAACGUUUCUUUCAUUUUAAAAAUAUAACGAGAGAAAUAAAGUAAAGUUAACUCACUGUAAUUGGUUUUAACCAUUUUAACAUAUUUUUUUUUAAACACAAAGAUUAGCAGUAAUACACUGAACCAUGGAAAGCAUUCUUGUAUUUAUUUAUGUAUUUAUUUUGUCUGUGUGGCUGUAAAGAAAAUGAAAAGUGCAGUUCAGUUCUUAGUGAGAACAAAAUGUGCCAGCAACUGGCAUUGCCCUUAAUGCUGUUUUGGGCUUGUAGCAGCAUGCUUCAAUACAAACCACUCUGAUUUGUUGAGCAUGAAGAGGCUGGAGCCUAUCCCAGCUACAAUGACAAUACUUCCCAAAGACAUUUAGGUCAUGUGGGCCCCCCAUCCCGGGUAAAAAACAAACAAACAGCAAAAACGCUUCAAGCAGAAGCCAGAAAAAUUCCUCACCAUCUGAAGAUGAAAGAAAAAAACAAUGGGCUCUGCAAUCUCUCUGUCAGAGGCCAACAGUGCCUUCUCUCUGGCUUUGUUCAAACAGCUGAGCAACAACAACAAGACGGGAAACAUCUUUUUCUCCCCGUUCAGCAUCUCUUCAGCCCUGGCUAUGGUGAUGCUGGGGGCCAGAGGCAACACAGCCACACAGAUGUCAGAGUGCUUGCAAACUGGGGAUUGUUGGGGUGAUGUUCACAGCAGCUUUGCCAAACUUCUCACUGAACUCAACAGGACAGAUGCUCGAUUUACCUUCACUGUUGCUAACAGACUGUACAGAGAGAAGUCCUGCCCCUUUACUCAGGAAUUCUUAAUACAAAGCAAGAAACAUUACAGCACAGAGCUGGAGUCUGUGGACUUCAAGAGCAGGUCUGAAGAGGUCAGGAUUGAUGUCAACAACUGGGUGCAGCAACACACACCAGGUAACAUCACAGAGGUGGUGGAUGAAGAUGAUUUGAAUGAACUGACCAGGCUGGUGUUGUUCACUGCCACCCACUUCAGAGGCAGCUGGAUUAAAGAUUUCUCGUGGUCUGAAACUUAUGAUGCUCAAUUUUGGCUCAAGAAGAAUGACUCAAGGCUGUGA